CCCCGGAACGCCGCGUGCGGCUCCGCCGGGCCCGGACGGUGCCUGCACUGCACAGCACGGGCCCGCCGCCUUCCUGCGCCUGCCCCGCCGCAGCACCGCUCCGAGCCGCCCGGCCAUGCUGCGGCCGCUGCCCCGCUGCCUCCUCCUCAUCCUCCUCCCCCUCCUGCUGCUGCUGCAGCACGGCGGCUGGGCCGCCAUCCUGACUGCCCCGGCCCCGCUCAAUGUCACCGAGGCGCCGCAGGCGGCUACCGGUAACGGGACGCGGCCAGGGCCGGGGCCGCUGCCUGGGUUGGGGCUGCCGGUGCUGAAGCGGGCCCUGUACGUGCUCAGCGCCUUGUCUGCGCUGGCUGCGUUCUACUUCCUUCUGCGGGCAGUCCGCUCUAGAUCAGAGGGACCCAGAGAGCUCAAAACUAAUUUCAGGUUGAAGAAGCCUCAGCGGAAGAAAUACGGCCUUCUGUCAAAUUACGACGAGAACAUAGAGAUGGCUUCACUGGACAGUGACGAGGACACAGUGUUUGAAACACGAAAUCUGAGGCGGUGAUUUCGGACCAGUGGCACCAACUGUGAAGACUGCCCACGGGGGUGCAAGUCCACCAGUGGAAUCACCUUACCAAUGCUCAAGUUUUAUUUUUUUUAUAAUUGCUUAUAAGGACUAUUAAAAGCACAAACACUUUGGUAGCUGGGGCUGGGGAAAGGGGACCAAACCUGUUUCCUUUAUACGUGUUUCUGGGGAAAGGUGGAGCUGCAAGCUAAAGGAUGCUACAACUGCACAGGGAGACACUAAGGGAAAUUCCUCAGCAUUUGAAAUCUAAUGGCUCUGGACACAAGUGCUGCAGCUGUGUCUGCUGGCCUAUCGGUACUUGAAAAGUGCUCAUAUCCCUCUCCUGACUGGCAGUCGGCUUGAAGCAUCAGGCAAGGGGGUUCCUUCUGUAGGCUGAUCCUCUUUCCUUCAUGCAGUAUCAGGUGACCUCUUGAGUAAGCAUCUCUGUAACCAGCUCUGCAUCUAAUGGUGGAGCUGGGAGAGCUUUUGUUGUCUCUUAUACCAGUGUUGGGCAUGGAUAGCGUUUCCUUAGUUCAGACAGGAUAGAUUUGGGAAAGAGCAGUGAAUUAAAUGCAGUUGCAGGAUGGGGCGUUACACCUGAUAAUGCAGGGCGUUACAUGGGUUUACAGAGCAAAGAUGUUUACAAAUGAAAUGUGCUGCUUGGCCUGAAGGAGUGUUUCUCCAAGAGUUCCUGGCUGUGUGGCCUGUAGGGCUGUGAGUGUUCAGGCUGCUCUGCCCAGCUGCAGGUCUCAGGGGCUGCAAUGGUACUUUCACCGGAGCAAUGUGUGACAUCCACCCAGCUUCUGGAUUUUGAGCUGCUGGCUCUGUCUGAGGUCAGCCCAGCAAACUGGAGGGUUCCCGUGCAGCUCGUUGUGUCCACAUCUGGGUUCUUACAAUGUCGGACCAAACACGACUGUGUUAGAACGUCUUUGUUAGGUGGAUUUACUGCUAAAAUGGUGAAAAUGGCUUGCAAAGUGCUUCUGUUCGCAGCACAUUUCAGCCACUAAGGGAGGGUCGUUCCUUGGAAAACUCUGGGCAGCGCAGACCUAUAUCCUUAAGUCCUUCUUCCACCCCAAAUUGGUAGUGCCUUUGUUAGGAGAACCCAAGGGAAGUUGCCCUGCGGGCCGGGGAUUUCCCUCCAUAAGAGCUGCAGCUGUAAGGCUAAGGACUUCACCUUUAUGGUGAAGAUUUAGACUGUCUGAAAUAAUGGUUCCUUUCUUUUGGUUAGCAAAUCCUCUAGAUAAGGGGACAAAACAGAGCGGGGCAGAAGGGUACCUCUAUCAGGUAGUGAUGACAAAAGGUUUUGCUGAGGUUACCUGGGAGCUCGGGGUCUGGCUGCUGCCCCGAAAUCCCUCGUGGGGCGGUCGAUGGAGCGGUGUGGACCUGGUGCUCACCUGUGCCAGGGGCAGCCUUUCUCAGAGGUUUCCUGGAGAAAUGUCACCCUAGGUGCUGGCAGCUCCGACUUGCACACAGGCAAAAGAUUUUUAAAUAUAUAUUUUUAGUAAUGCUGUCAUGUGAACACCGCACUUGGAUGUGCCCUAAUUUCAUAUCAUUUAUAUCCUUUCAUGCCUCUUUUAGGUACUUUCUGCUUGUUUAGCUGAUGCAGAGAUGAAAGCCUUUGCUGCGCUCCUCGGUGAGGAUAGCGGUAAUAGCUAGAUCUGGCCGUUGCUGCCCCUUGGGUGAUCAGAGAGCUGAUUUGUUUGAUUCAUGGUAGUGUAGCUUCCUUGAUCCUCUACAGCCUGGCAGGUCUAUGAACAUGCUGAUAACUUUCUUUGGCUCUUCAAUUCCCUUUACAAAGUUGUUUCUCUGUUGCAUUGUGCACAAGCCAGGUAAGCCUGACUCUUUCAGUCCGCUGACGUGCCCCGGCACAGCGUUUUGACUGACGCGUUCAUUGGUCUUUCUUUAGCGGAGGUGAUUUACUUGAUCAUUCUCUAGGCUCUGCUCUUCAUUGGACAGAUGGGUUUAGCAAUUUAUAAGUUUCCUUUCCUUGCAGGAGGGAAUGAUUUUUUAAUGUUAACAGUUUGAAUGAUUUUGAUCAAAGAGAGGACCUCAAGCUGUAGGUCCUGUCAUGAAAAUAAUUUUGAUGGAAUUUGAUUUUGCUGUAGUAGGUAUUUAGAAUGUGAGCAGGGGAAGAUGCAGAGGGAUGCAGCUAGAGUGUGUAAUGAGGUCCCUAUUCUUGUGCUGUACAGGCAAGUGAUGAUUAAGUUGAAGGCCCAGAGGGUGUGCUGGCCCGACACCUAUGUACCACGUACAUAUUUUCAGAAGCCCUUCUGCUGGCCCUCUUUAAAGGAGAGAGUUUCAUCAUCUGCAGAAUGAAAAAGUGAUUCUGCAGCUGCGAUGUGGGAUUGCUGUCACUCUUAAUCUGAAGCUGUUCUGGCUAGAGACGAGUUUGAGCUGCAGUCCAUGGCCACGGGUGGUGAUUUCCACGUUCUGCUGAGCCACCCUGCAUCGCGGGAGCAGUCCGUAGCCUGGAUUCGCUCCUCACAGGCCACGGCUUUACACUCCCGCCCCGUUUGAUGUGGAGUAGCUCCAAAUCUCUGUUAAACGCAUCUUCUAAGAGGAGAAAACAAAGAUGCUAGUUACAGAUCUGAGGCUCCUUCAAGUACAAAUGCAUCGGCACAGCUCAGCUGUGAUUAUGUAUGUACGAGCAAAAGCUCAGCACAGCUUUACUGAUCUCUGCUUCUCCUGGACAAAUAAACUGGAGCUACUGCAGCAGCCUCUCCUUGCAGAGGUGGAAGAGCACCCCCAUGGCGUGCAGCCAGCACAGGCUUUGGGGGGUCUUGCUGUAACUGUGGCCUUGAAGCCUUGUGUUUUGUUCCCCUAGUCUGCGAGCAGUUCAGUAGUCACUUCAGCUGCAGUUUUAGUCACUGUGACAUCCACGUUGGUAGCCUUGUAGGUCUCUUGGCAGCAGUUACAACUCGUAGUAGUUUUUCAGAAGAGGUUUAAAGACACAGAUGCAAACAGACGCACGUGUGUGCUGAGCCAGCUGCGUGUGAGGCGGCUCCGUCCCGCAGCCGAGCGGCAUCAGCGCGGCGCUCUGCUCGUGCGUGCGCCUGUCCCCGGGCAGGCUGAUGCCUCGCCAGCUGCUGCUGCGCUUUCGUUCUCUGGAACAAACUGGGAUGUUCGUGGGAGGUGCUGUGGGCUCCGGCAGCCCAUUCCUGCCGGUCUGUGCCAAAAAAAAAUGAUGGGACCGAGGCUGUCGGAGCUGACGGGAGCCGGGUGGCGAGGACCAAGGGUGGAGUGCGCGGUGCCCUGCCAUGCUGCGCGGUCACCGGCCUGCGUGUCUCACAGGUGACUGCUCCGGAGUUUGCUCGAAACAAUCACUGCUGUUUAAGCCAAAGCCUAAUUUCUAAAGUUUACAUAAUUGCCUCUCUGAUCUUCUCGGAGGGCUGUAUCGAAUCCUCUCCUGUUGGUGUUGAACUGCCGGGCAAAUCGACGGGACCGUCUGCUGAGGUUAAUGAGGUUGACUGAGAGCGAUAUGAGCAUCGGGUCUCUAUUGUUAACGACGCUCUUCUGUUUUGUUUCAUUUGUACGUGUGACUGGAAUGGGAUCUGCAGCAUUAACGUGCCGGGAGAUGGACCUGUGGUAUGAGCAGAUUGCCAAGAAGUCAAUAAAACAGCACUUGAGUGCAUUGUGUUGUCUGGGCUCUCAGAAAUGAGGAGCUAGUCUUUCACCCUCCCGCCUGAAUUGCUGAUUUAUUUUUAAAUAGCAACCAGUCCCGUAUUGAUUGAUUGUUUUACUUUCCUUUUGUUUACAGCGUCCCCCUCCUUUGUAUCUCGGAACAAAUGAAAUAAACCGUUCUGUUCCACCCGA